AUGUAUGUUAAUGAUCUUCCAAGUAUAGUACAGUCUCCAAUGUUAUUAUACACUGGUGAUGUAAAAAUCUGGCGAGUAAUAACUGAAGACAAAGACGCAUGUGCUCUUCAGGCAGAAUUAAAUAACAUGAUAAACUGGUCCAAAGAGUGGCUGAUGCCUAUCAACGCGGAAAAGUGUGUCUACAUGCACUUUGGGGUUUCAAAGGUUAGUAGUUACAACAUAAGGUAUGUGCCAUUACCCGUAGUCCGAUCUCAUAAGGAUUUAGAGGUGACAGUGAGUAGUGAUCUUAAGACGACAGCCCAUUGCCGGGAGGUCGCAGUUAAGGGGUUUCGAACCCUCUGGGCUUUAAAACGGACAUUCACUAAGUUAGAUACUACCAUGUUCACCAUAGUAUACACAUCCUUAGUGAGGACUAAGCUUGAAAACUGCGUUCAGGCUGCAAGCCCCUGUUUAAAAGAGGGCAGCUACCCAUGUAGUUCCAGAACUCCGGAGUCUAUCAUACAAACAGCGCUUGAAAAACUGGACCUCUUUACUCUGUCCUAUCGCAGAUUAAGGGGAGAUCUAAUUUUGAUGUACAGAAUACUGAGAAAUGGUUUCGAACUUAAGUUAUCCUCUCUUUUUCUACCUACUAGAUUGGGAAACCUCAGAGGACAUAGCAGGCGAGUAGAAAAGCCAAGAACGGACAAAAUACCGGCGGCAUACAGUACUGGAGUAAAAUGCCACAGGUCAUGCAUCGAAGCAUUUGAAUGCUUGAAGCGUUAUAAGAAGCACCGAUACAUCCUCUUCCAUAUUGAAGAUGAUAAAGAAAUAAAAGUCCUUUGUCAAGCUGAUAGAAGUAACCACCAAUUAAUUUCUUUACUAGUAGCGGAAACGUAUCAUAAUUUCAAGGAUAGUUUAUUAAAAAAGAUGGAUGAAGGUGAAGGAUGUUAUGCAGUUUAUGAUUACGAAGCCGAAGGAAAAUUACCUACUCUAAUAUUCGUUUCAUGGGUUCCGUCUACACUGGAUGUUAAAAAGAGAAUGAUAUAUGCUGCUUCAAAAAGUGUAUUAAAAUCGAGUUUGAUUGGUAUUAAACACGAAGUUGAGGCAAAUGAUGUGGACGAAAUCGAGGAGGAAGAACUGCGCAAGAAAGCUUCAUAACUGUUCAUCUUAGUUGUAUGUUUCGAAAAUUCACAUGGAUUUUCUCAUUUGCGGGUUAGUGCAUUUUCAGAGACCUCUCACUCGUCAAACUUGUACUUUCAUUUCUAAUUUUGAUGAUAGUCUGUCAUACACAUCCGUUUUUCAAUCCUUUGGUCCAAUGUACGCUUCUAAUAUAUGUAAACUCCGGAAUUCAGCUCCAUCGCCCCGUGCAUUAUAAAUAUUUAUGCUUAGUUGAUUGAACCUUAUUUAUUCUAAUUCUUGCUCCUACCUGGUCUAUUAAAGUCUUAAUUGUUAAAUUUCUAAAGACUCUAACUCAAGAAGUUUAAUAACAUCAAGUUACUAUUAGAGCUGAUACUUGUUUUCUACGCAUGUCUAAUGAUUGUACCAUUAAUUUUUGGUCAUAAAGUGAUCUCCGUGUUC